GUCGUGGAUGCGAAAAUAAACCGUACCCUGCUAAAGCGCUAUCUUUUCGAAGCGCUUUAACACCCGCUAGUAUGUCCAGGUCAACAACGACCUUGACACUGAGUUCUCAUAUUUCUGUUUUUCCUUUCCCUCAAGUAUCCGCAUCUACAUCUCUUGCAUUGUGUUUGCGAUUGACCGAAAGCGAGACGUUGCGACGCCUUUAGGACAAUCUUACGAAUGGCGGAAGAAAAGGGAGAAAGAAAAUGUUUUUAUCUUUCUAAAGACUUUUUAAGGGUCUGCCGGAAUUUUUCUUGCACGUGAAAUCCUCAGGUAGUCUCUCCCCGAAAUAUUCGAAUACCUGAAACAGGACCAGCAGGGGGAAGAAGGCGUUUGAAAAACGCGCGGUCGCUUCUGAACUAUAUGAGUAUCGCUAGGUGUUAAAUAUCAGGGGUCAUCUUCGCGGCAAGGUUAUCAUUGGAUUUUAACAAAAAGUGGGGAGAUUUUUGUAUACCGUUGCCUGUGACUCGUGCGUCAGUUGGACGAAAACGUUGCCCGUCGACGACGUCGGAUUUAUCUUCGUUCGCGCUACCACGACUUUGUCAAAGUCCUUAUCUGAUGCGUUUAACUAUUCAUCUUCCGCUCUCCACGAAUGAUUAGAUUGACUUAAGCGCCGGGCGAGAAAACUUUUCGGAGAGACAUUUACUUUCGAUCGCGUUUUUCAAGCCGAUCCGUGUUUCUCUUUUUCGAUCAUCCAUCGAAUUUCACGAAAAUUAUCUUGCGAAGACUAUCCUGUGAAGACUAUCCUGUGAAAAUUAUCUUGUGAAGACUAUCUUGUGAAGACUAUCUUGCGAAGACUAUCCUGUGAAGACUAUCCUGGGAGGAUUAUUUUCUAAAGACUAUCCUGUGAAGACUAUCCUGGGAGGAUUAUCUUGUGAAGGCUAUCCUACGAAGACUAUCCAGUGAAAAUUAUCCUGUGAAUCUCUUCGAAUCGGGAUGACAAUCUCGGUGACCGAUACCGCGCUCGAUAUCGAGAAAAAAGCGAUGAAGCAUUGUACUCGACGCAAUCGCUUUCACAGCUGGCUGACUUGGAUCUAUUGCGGCACGUUCCUGAUGAGCUUCGCGAGCUUCUACGCUUUUUGGUACACCGACACCUUUUCCAACUAUGUGUUUUCGCAUAUGGAACUCCGCAAUGGCACUCGUACCUUCAACCUAUGGCAGCAUCCACCCAUCCAGAUUGAGUACAGGAUUCACAUCUUCAAUUACACAAACGUAAAGGAGUUUGAGACGGGCAGAGCGAGCAAGCUGCGCGUCCAAGAGCUCGGUCCUUACGUCUACCAGGAGAAAAAGGAUCGUGUGAACGUGGUGCUGCUCGAGAACGGUACGGUGAGCUUCCAGGAGAAGAGAUCAUUCGUGUGGGUAGGGGGUAGACCCGACAACGACACCAUCGUGGUGCCGAACGUGCUAUUGAUGUUCGCCACUGCGUUCGUCCGGGAUCGGAGCUUUGCGGUGCGUUUCGUCACCAACACGGUGUUGUCAACCCUGCAAGAGCGAUCCUUUAUCAAUGAGACGGCCGGCGGUUUCAUCUGGGGACACGACAACCGUCUCUUUCACAUGGCCAAACCACUGAUGAUGUUCGAGCGUAACAUAUCGUUCGACAAAUUCGGUAUCUUGGUUACAAGAGAUGGUGUUAGUAAGGAUCGCAUCACGAUGGGCUCGGGAUCGCGAACAAUCGACAAUCUCGGCAUGAUCGAGCGAGUGAAUGGGAUAGACGAUCGGCACAUUUGGAACGAUAAGAGGUGCGAUAAAAUCAUGGGUAGUGACGGCAGCAUGAUUCCACCGCGUCUAAUAGAGGACACGAGCAAAACCCUUUACAUAUAUUCUCAGGAAAUGUGCAGGAGUCUACCCUUUCAUUUUACCGAACAAGUGACCACCUACGGCAUACCUUCUCUAAGGUAUAAAUUCACACCGGAUGCCUUCAACUUUUCGGACCCGCAAAACAAAUGCUUUUGCCAAAAGGUGAACGGCUUAAGAGUUUGCCCGCCCACGGGACUCUUUAAUAUUUCCGCUUGCAAUUAUGGUAUGCCUUUGCUUUCGUCAUUUCCGCAUUUUUAUGGCGCCGACAAAUCCUUACUGGAGCAAAUAGACGGCUUGAAUCCUCGGCAGGAAGAUCACGAGAGUUACGUAGAUUUACAUGGGCGCAUCGCGACUCCCAUGGCCGGUUGGUCAAGAACGCAGCUGAAUCUGGAGGUGCGAAAAGCAAUUGGCGUGCCGUUUCUCGGAAGAUUGAAGGACGGCGCUAUUCUUCCGCUCAUCUGGAUAGAGAUGGGGAUAGACAAGAUGCCGGAAUCGAUGCUGGAGAUCUUUCAAGGCGCGCAUUUCACAAUUGCCAAUGUGGAGAUGGCUCUGCAAUGGUGCAGUCUCACAGCCAUGAUACUCUCCCUGGGCGCGCUGGUCAUCUAUCUCUGGAAGUGUCGCGUCCAACGCGAGAAGAGUCAAGUUUCAAGAAAAUUGUUCGUCUGAAUAAACGACAUUCCCGAAUCGUUCUGAUCGACGAGAGGAGAAAAAAAAAAGAAAAAAAAAGGAUAGACGCCGCGAGAGUGCAUCCGAGAAGAAGAAAA